UCGUUCUUCAACGCGUCCUCGCCGUCCCCCUCGUUCUACACUUUCCUUCUCCAUAACCAAAAUGGCCCAGAACGGCUACGCUGCACCUGUCACCCCGGGAUCCACCGGUAUUGGCAUCGCCAACUUGCCCAACCAGAGGCACAAAAUUGUUGCGAAGCGGGGCGGGCACUUCACGAUCAUGGUUGUUGGCGAAUCUGGUCUCGGCAAGACAACCCUGAUCAACACCCUCUUUUCCACCGAACUCUCUCCUCCCAAGAACUACAAGAACCGUCAUGUCAAGGCGCUAGACAAGACGACCGAGGUUGAGAUAAUAAAGGCUGAGCUGGAGGAGAAGGCGUUCAAAAUUAAGCUGACAGUCAUCGACACCCCUGGCUUCGGUGACUACGUUAACAACCGCGACAGCUGGGGACCGAUCAUUGACUUCAUCGACGAUCAGCAUGAGGCCUAUAUGCGUCAAGAGCAGCAGCCCCAGCGCAAUGAGAAGAUUGAUUUGAGGGUGCACGCCUGCCUGUACUUCGUUCGUCCGACGGGCCAUACACUUAAGCCUCUCGACAUCGAAAUCAUGAAGCGCUUAGGGACGCGUGUGAACUUGAUUCCUGUGAUUGCGAGGGCCGACACCCUCACACAGAAGGAUCUCAUUAUUUUCAAGCAACGCAUCCGCGAUGUGAUCGCUGCUCAGGGCAUCCGCAUCUACCAACCUCCCAUGGAGCCCGACGAUGAGCAGAGCAUGGAGCAUGCCAAAAUCCUCAUGGCUGCCAUGCCGUUCGCUAUCAUCGGAUCUACGCAAGAUGUGCAAACUGCUGAUGGCAGGACGGUCAAGGGCAGGCAAUACCCAUGGGGUGUUGCCGAGGUGGAGAAUGAACAACACUGCGAUUUCCGCAAGCUGCGCUACCUCCUUAUCCGCACGCACAUGCUAGACCUCAUCAGCACCACCGAGGACAGCCACUACGAGUCCUACCGCCAGACCCAGAUGGAAACGCGGAAAUUCGGGGAGGGCAAGGUCAAGAAGACCGACAACCCCAAGUUCAAGGAGGAGGAGGAAGCACUCCGGAAGCGCUUCACCGAGCAGGUCAAGAACGAGGAGUCCCGGUUCAGGCAGUGGGAGCAGCACCUCAUCGCCGAGCGCGAUCGGCUCAACAAGGAUCUCGAGCACGCCCACAGCUCUAUCAAGGCACUCGAGGCGGAGUUGGACAACCUCCAGAUGGGCUAUUCCCGUGGCUCUCAGCGGCGUUGAACGCUUCCUUGGCCCGUUGCUCUGUCUCCUUGGUACUCAUACACCCAGAAAUUCUGUGAUACCCGUUCUAACGCUUGUUUUAUUUCCUUCCUCGUAUAGCCCUUCUGUUAUCCGUCACCCUGUCGGUGUACAAUUGCUGGGUUCCCUCGCUACGAGAUAGUCACUCCUUUCCGGUGAAUAUAUGGGUUCAUAGUG